GUCAGUCCAGUCUCUAAUUCAGUUUAUUUUCAAUCAUUUGUUGCUCAUGGCCAGCCAGGUUGAUGUCCUUCUCUAUGGGCUAGGGGCCAUUGGCUCUUUCUACGCCUUUAUUCUGCAUCGUAGUAACAAAGUUCGUCUUACCGUGGUUGCCCGGUCCAACUACGCAGCCGUCAAAGAGAAUGGCAUCCUUCUGAAAAGUGCCAAUCACGGCGAGCAUCGAUUCUAUCCAGACCACGUGGUCCGCUCGCCUUCAGAACUCACCCACCCAGUCGACUAUGUUGUCUGCACCAACAAGGCCAUUGACCCAGCCGGCGCCGUCCAUUCGCUAGCACCGGCAAUUGGCAAGGACACCACAAUCGUAAUUAUCCAGAACGGCGUGGGAAACGAAGAGCCAUUCCGCGAGGCUUACCCAUCCUGCAGUAUCAUCUCCUGCGUUACAUGGGUCGGAGCAUCCCAGCCCACCCCAGGCACCGUCAUCCACACCACAUCCGAAGACACCGAACUCGGCCUUUACCCGAACCCCAACGUUCCAGAUGCUGUGGAGGCUGAGCGUCUCAACACCUUCACUGGCCUCCUCGCCGCAGGUCAGACUCGUCACACGGUGCACGACGACAUCCAACCCACCCGCUGGUCCAAAGUCAUCUGGAACUGUGCCUGGAACACCCUGACGACCCUGACCGCUUUGGACACGCAAGCAUUCUUGCAAUCCUCUGCUGAUGCCAUUCCCUUCACGCGACGACUCAUGAGCGAGGCCGCAGCUGUGGCUCGUGCUGCGGGUGUUCCUCUUCCGGAUGAUCUGAUCGACACCCAACUGGCACGAAUUCAAGGUCUGGGGGCAGUCCGAACGAGUAUGCAGAUCGACCGGGAGAAUAACCGGCCGAUGGAGAUUGAGGUGAUUGUGGGUACACCAGUGCGUAAGGGGCGAGAGUUGGGGGUUCCUACGCCGGUGUUGGAGACACUGUAUGUACUGUUGCGGGCUGUUGAUGGGGAGACGCGUCGGGUGCAGAAGAUUUGAGCGAUGAACUCUUCGGUAGUCUGUGGAUAGAGAUAGACGAGUAAAUUCCUACAAAGUAGAGGUGUCUCAUGGCUAUAGUUGAUGUAUACGCC